GCAUAUCUGACCUAUCGAUAUAUCCCAAACAACAGCUCGUACCCAAACAAGAUUUCACCGACGAAAUUAAAAAAAAAUAAAAUAAAAACUCAAAUAAUAAGCAACGUGACCACUCCUUGACUUGGCAAUAUCCAGCGUACCGUUGAAAAGGCGUGCUAGGCAUAAAUCCGCAAAAAAAAAAGAAAUACAAAACAAAGGAAAAACAGAAAUGUUUGGGUUUGUGAAAUAUCUAUUUAAAUUGCAGUUUCUUUUCAUAUUGGCAGCUGUGCUGGCUGGCCUCUAUCGCACGGAAAUAAAACAGUUUGCAAGCAGACAUGCGGCCAACUAUGUGGACAAUGCCGAUGCCAAUGGCGAGACCGUUUCGCUCCAGUUCAAAGCUGCCAACGAAGCCACGCUCCUAACGCCUGCAGAACUUUCCAAAUACAAUGGGGAGGAUGGACAGCCCAUCUAUCUGGCACUGCUGGGAUCCGUGUUCGAUGUCACACGCGGCAUAAAGCACUAUGGCACCGGCUGCAGCUAUAGCUUCUUUGUGGGACGCGACGCCUCUGUGGCGUUCAUAAGCGGCGAGUUUGAGGAGUAUGAUCCGCAGACAGCGGACGAUGUGCUCAGCCUGAAGCCCAACGAUCUGCUUGGCCUGGCCAAUUGGAGGGAUUUCUACGAGAAGGAAUACAUCUACAAGGGGAAGCUGAUUGGACGAUUCUACGAUGAGCAGGGCGAACCGACGACAUAUUACCAAAAGUAUUUGGCGCUCUUGGAGCAGGCUCAGAUAGCGAAGGCUGAGGUGGACGAGCUGCGCUCAAAGUAUCCCGGCUGCAACAUCGAGUGGUCGGAGGCCAAGGGGACGCGUGUGUGGUGCACCAACACGAGCGGCGAUGGCAAGGAGCGCGCCUGGACGGGCUAUCCACGAAAGUUGUAUAGCCGCGGCAAUACAAAUUUCAAUUGCGCCUGUGUACCCGAAUCGGAACUAGACCAAAUAGACACCGACGGCGGCAAGGCGGCUCAUGGCGAUGCCAUGUUCAAGACAUACGACAACUGUUCCUCGCGGGCCAAGGAGUGCUUCUACAGGGUGUAAUGUAAUGUAAUCUAGGCACAACGCAACAAGUGGUCGUGUAAAUAUUUUACUUUAUUUGUAAUAAAUCGAAAUUACAUACACUACA